AUGCCUCAACACAAACGUGGACCUUGGUCACAAACGGAGGACCAGUUCCUCCUCCAUCUUGUUAACCUGCAUGGCGCACACAACUGGGUCCGGAUCAGUGCCACUAUUCAGACGAGGUCGCCUAAGCAAUGCCGGGAACGAUAUCAUCAGAACCUGAAGCCGAAUCUCAACCAUGAUCCAAUCACGCCCGAGGAGGGUGUACUGAUCGAGCAGAUGGUUGGCGAGAUGGGCAAGCGGUGGGCGGAAAUCGCCAGGCGUCUACGUGGUCGCAGCGAUAAUGCUGUGAAGAACUGGUGGAAUGGUGGCAUGAACCGCAGACGACGAAGCAACAACCCGCGCCGUCCAGAUUCCGAGGUGCCACAGGCGCACAUGAGCGUCCCAAGCUUACCGCACCCGCCGACGCAUCACCACACGCUGCCUUCCAGCUAUGUGCAGCAGCAGCAACAAACACCAGUGCUCCAGGGUUACUAUGGACAGCCCAUCUACCCAGGUCCCAUGCCACAGAGCAUCCAGAUGCCGCCCCAUGGACAAAUGUAUAACCGCCACUCAGGCUACAUCGAGACACCACUCCCGUCACCGUCAGCGUUCUCUCAACUGUCAGCCGACGGUGCACCAUCCUUGGUCUCUGACACAUCGUCUGUCUCGGGACGCUCACCUUUCCAUGGCCAUUCGUCGGUGGAGCUCCCACCACUUGCUGGGUCAAGGGAUUCAAGGCGAGUCUCGGCGCACUCUGCUGGCUCGGGAUUACGGCUCAGCGUGCCAGGCUCAUUCACUGAGAUCGACUUCUCGCAGCCACCGAUGCCGAAACACCAGCCGACGCACAUGCUACAAGAAGCCUUUCAGCCGCAACGCCAGCAUCAGCAGCAACAUCAGCAGCAACAUCAGCAGCAACAAGCUCAGUUCUCACAGCCAGCACACUAUCUACCUUCACAGCCAGUUGAGGGCAUGCCGAAUCAGGCCCACCAUGCUAUGCAGCAAUUUGCCAUGGGUCCUGCGGGUCUGAUGCGAGCCAACAGCUUCUCUCACAUGCCCAUGCAUCCGAUGCAGAUGCAGCAACCCAUGGCCAUGCAAUCUGUGCAGCUACCUAGCAUCGCCAACUUGUCCGUCAACGACCGAUCCCGACCGACUUCUGCUCUGCCAAUCGACCCUGCAAUGAUGCACACACCGGCGCUCCCAUCUGCGCCUACACCUGACGGCUCGCCACGAGACAAGAUGAGCCUGUCGAACUUGACACACUAA